AUGGCUUUGAGAGUUACUAUCGAGCAAGACGUUUUAUGGAAUGCCGUAAAAGAUUUAUCAUACACCAGUUUGAAAGUUGGCGGGGUGAUAUCUGCUACGAUUGGACCCAGGACGAUUUAUGUUGUAACAGAUCCUGACGAUUGUUUGACUGUAGCCAACGCCUGUUUACAAAAGGACAACUUCUAUAAUUUCGCUAAACCCUGGCUCGGAGAAGGCUUAGUCACUGGAACGUUGUCAAUAUGGAGGCAUCAUCGGAAGUUGCUGAACCCAGCGUUCAGUCAACUAGUACUGGACGGUUUCCAGGGAGUUUUUAAUAGUCAAUCUCGUCGCCUGGUCAGAGAUAUGGAGUCGGAGGCAGGGAAGGGACCUUUCGAUCACUGGGCAUACACACGUAGGAAUGCUUUGGAGACAAUUUGCUUGACCGCUCUCGGGGUUGACUUCUGCGAGAACAGCGUACUGAACAGUCAGUAUGAGCACGCGGCGGAGCAGAUGUUCAACGUGCUGGUGGAGAGGUUCCAGAAGUUUUGGUUGCACAGUGACUUUAUUUACAACUGGUCUAAACUCAAGAAGAAACAGGAAAGUUGUCUGGAAAUACUCCAUAACAUGUCAAACACGGUUCUAAAAACACGUAAAGCUUCAUACUUGGAAAAUAAGAGGAACGGAUUAGAAGCAUCUACGGGAACAAAAUUCAAGGCGUUUUUGGAUCUUUUACUAGAAUUAUCGAUAGAGAAAGGAGCAUUUAACGAUUUAGAGAUAAGAGAACAAGUCGACACUAUGAUAGUGGGGGGUCACGACACCUCGGCUAAUGUUCUUAUGUUUACAUUAGUUAUGAUAGGAUCAUAUCCGAAUGUGCAGGAGCGAAUAUUUGAAGAACUAAAUGAUAUAUUCGGCAACGAAGACAGAGAUGUAACGAAGCAAGAUUUAUCACAGCUUGUAUAUUUGGAGGCUGUUCUAAAGGAAACAAUGCGCGUAUACCCUAUAGUGCCAGUGACCGCCAGGUGGUUGGAUAGGAAUGUCAAACUGAAGAACUAUACUUUAACUGGUGGCCGGACGUGCUUCAUGUUUGUGUACGGCGUGCAUAGACACGCGCUGUGGGGGCCAGACGCCGAGGAGUUCAAGCCGGAGCGAUGGCUGGACGCGGCCACUCUGCCGCACUGCCCCAAUGCGUUUGCCGCAUUUAAUAUAGGCAGAAGGAUCUGUAUUGGUAAAACAUAUGCCUAUUCAUCAAUGAAGACAACACUGGCUCAUCUAUUACGUCACUACCGAGUACAAGCCGACCACAAUAAGAUGAUAUUGAAAAUUGACGUUAUGCUAAAACCUGAAUGCGGUCACUACAUAUCAAUAGAGAAGAGAUGAAACGUCAAAAACUGAAGUAACAUAAUAUAAAAUCUUUAAAUUCCAAAGACAUUUAAGAAAUAUAGACCAGACAUAGGGAAUAACAUUUUCACCGGUAGCUUCUUUGAAAAGUACUAUGUUAUAGUUUAAAUAAGAUAGAUUAGUUUGAUAAAUGACGCAUAUGAAGUAUCGAAUUAAUUUUGUAUGAAUGCCGUACUUAAUAGACAGGUAUCGUAGUGACGAGACAAACACGCAGCGAACAAUUUUGAACUAUCGAUAUUCGGUUUAAAUAAUUAUCGAACUCAACUAAAAAUACUAUUUUAUUAUUAACUAAUUUUGAUGACAGUGCAGAGAAUCCGGCUACGUGUAGAGAAUACGUACGGCUGUGUUCAUAAUAAAAUUUAUUUACUCUCAUUAUUUGUAAUGGUUCUGCAGGUCAUUUAUUUGAGAAAACAGUGUAUUUUUUUUAAUUCAUAAGUUAUAACUAGGAAUC